ACAGAGGAAGAAUGUGCUGACAUAAUCUAAGUCAGAAUUCAGGAGAGACACACGAUACCGGCUACCAAGGAAUCGUUCGAAGCAGAUCUUCUGCAUAGUGAAAAAUAUUGGAAUACUAUGACUUUAACUGAGCCUAAUAUCACAGAAGACAAAAGAAGUAUGGAUCUAAACAAGACGUUCAAGGAAUUGAUAGAACGGGCUGCAGAUAAAGGAAGAGUUACAACAGGGCUCCACACUUGCGCCAGAGAACUACAGGUGGCACCAGAGGGGGUGUUGUUGUGUGUAAUGCCAGUAGAGGAGAAAGAAAGUGAUGAACUGGUUCACAUGCAGCAUGUUCUGAUAGAGGCUCACUGCAGAGAACACAGGAUCACUCUCGUAAAGGUGGACAGUGUAGUAAAGUUUGAGCAGUGCCUGCUGAUGCCAGCUCGCAGGAAACAAAAAGACCUUGACCUCAGUUGUGUUGUAGUUCAGGUUGCAAAGGAGGGUAGGACUCAGUUGGAGAGAAAAUUUCUGAAUGGAUGUCGUAAACAUCCUAACAAUCUGGUUAUCCAGAUUCCGGCCUGAUAACCCCUGAUGACCGCAUCCCAACGGACAUGCCAUAUGGAAAAGUCUACAGACUUGUAAGUAGAGGAAGUACUUCCUGAGAGCUGGCCGGGAAUGGAUCCGUUAUUAUGUUUUCCAUUUUACAUCGUGUGUUCCACCUGGAAGUGACCGUCCUUCCAAAGCCAUAGCUGGGGGAGAGGAGCUGGUGUGUGGACCCCUCACAUAUCGGGGGUCCCCUGUCUCCACUUUUCCCAGCUCUGAACUCAACACUUUGUGAAUGGAACCUCAUUAUAACUGGACAUAAACCAUUCCCAUAGGUACUGACCCAUUUUUCAGUGUGUACAUUCUACAUGCAUAUUGGAAAAAGCAUGAAAAAAAAAUGAUAAAAGCGAGGCGAGGGAUAUGGAACUUGAGGAAAACAUUUAGAGACGAAGUUGAGAGGAAAAGGAGGACAGAGAGUGAUGAAAAAUAUACAAAAAAAAAAAUCAUAACUGACAGUGUUUUAUUAUGUGUUCAUUAUAAUAUGGAAUUACAUUGAAUUAAUCUGCUUUCAUAUUACUUUUAAUAAAUCAUUUGUAAAAGUU